AUGCAGAAAUUUCUCAACCAGUACCACUACAUCUCGACAUCGAGGUCUGGCAAUCACAAUGUUGAUUUAGCAAUCAGACGUUUUCAGCGAUUCGCUGGUCUCAAGGUAACUGGAAAACUUGAUCUUGCCACCAUCGACCAGAUGAAAAAACCGCGAUGUGGAUUGCCAGAUGACGUGGCAGGAGGUGGUCGCGUGCGACGAUACAAAACAGGUGAUAGUUUCUGGUUAAUUAUUGCAAUUGACUUUAUGUGUUUGCAUAUUGCAACUCUUAACCGAUACUCUAUUCUUUAAAGGGAAAGAUGAGUGUAAGACAAGGAAAGAACCUAAAUACGUAUGAGAAAUACAUGAAGUGUCAAGUAUUUGCCCCUUUUACCUUCAAAAAACGAUAUCAAAAUAAAAUAAAGAAAAUGUAAAAAACAAAUGAAUAGAAAUAAUCAUCUAACAACAGGGAAAUGUAACCAUCUAGCGAAUUUUUGCUUUGUAUGAAAAUAUGCACAUUUUUUUAAAUAACAGACAGGGAAAUUUUAUUAAAUACUAAAUACAUUUAUUUUUUCAUCCCCAUCAUGCAGGCCCCAAGUGGAGCAAAAAAAGCUUGACUUAUUUUGUCGAGUAUGGUGAAGACCUGAGUCAAUACCAACAGGACAUUAUUUUUCAAAAGGCUUUGCAGUUUUGGUCUGAUGUGUCUGGAUUGUCAUUUAGCAGGGCUAGCAGUUCCUCUGCUGCCGACAUCAAAAUAAGGUAGCAAUUACUUUUACAAACACAUUUUUUAUUUUGGAUGAUGGUGUUUCUAUGUCUUAAAACCUAUAAAGACAACAAAUGUAGUCAGUUGUGAUGUAGUUCGUUAUCUACGUUCCGUUUCAUAUUGCCAGCUUCAUCAGGCGUUGAGGUCGACUUUCGGUUCUCCUUACAAGGCAGGCGACGAUGCUACGCUAUGAUUGGUUAAUUUUUAAGAGCUGUAUUCGUGAGGCACACAAGUGUAUUAUUAUUUUUAUUAUUAAUAUUAUUAUUAUUAUUAUUAUCGUUAUUAUUAUUAUUAUAAGUGAUACCAGUAAAAGUAAAUUAUAAUUGUUUUACACUAUAUAAAGCUUCGAGUUUAAACCUUAAAAUAAUUUGAUCAAAAUGAAUUAGCUGUUCCGUCUUUCUUCAGUGGCGCAUUUUUAUACGACGAAUCACGGAUCGAGGUUGUCCGCUAUAGUGAGAAGUGGUUCCAUUUGAUUUUAUUGAAAUGAAUGGAUAAAAACUGAUCGGUCUUUUUGAUAUGCAAAUCAUGUCAAAGAGAGCUAAAGAGAAAGGAAAAUAAACUAUUACAGCUGAUUCUUAAGUCGCGGCACAAUGCGAUUGAUAAAAUGGACUUACAAAGAGAGAUACGAAUUGCCCUUACUGAAAAGAAAACACCAACUUAAUAACAGCCUGCAAACCACUAAGUUGAAGCUUAUGUCAUGUUAGGCCCCAUUUAAACGUGGAAUUUCUCAGCAGUGCCGAACACUUAUUUUAGUCGAUGAAAGUAAUUAAAUACGGCAGUUGAUUCGGACGUCGGAUAUAAACGUCAAGUAACUCUCUUAAGUUUAAUUUUUCUUGUUAAAUGCUUCAAAAAGCAACUGACUAUCGGAUCUCGCACUGCUUAUUAUUGUGAUUUGCUAUAAUGCAGUUUUGGCGCUGCUACUCAUGGCGGUUCAAGUGAAAGAACGUGCGCAUACCCUUUCGAUGGUCAAGGUGGAGUUCUGGCGCAUGCGUUCUUUCCAUCGGAUGGCCGUGCCCACUUUGACGAAGACGAAGAGUUUACUGACAACACCCCAAAAGGAACUAACUUGCUUUGGGUUGCCACUCACGAAUUUGGUCACUCACUCGGUAUUGAUCAUUCUGAUGUUCAAGGUGCUAUCAUGUACCCUUACUACACAGGGUACGUGGAAGGCAUGAAGCUCCACUCUGAUGACAUUGCUGCAAUCCAGUCUCUUUAUGGUAAUGUACUGGAGUUUGUUGGUUUGUUUGUUUUUGUGUUUUUUUCCUUGCUCUUGUUCUUGUUUUUUACCACAACCUUCAUGCCUUGCGACAGCUGUUCUAUUAUUAGACCAUACAUGCUAUCCACAGGGUAA